AAAGAUCCCAACUUUCAUUUUUCUUGAAAAUCAAGUCUUUCCCCCUCUCUCUAUAUAUAUUGAAACCCCAUUGUUGAAUUUACCCAAAAUCAUAAAAUAUCCAAAGAAAAAAAAUAUUAAAAAAUUGACUCUUUACAUUGAAUUUCAAGAAUUCCCAAAAGCUUGAAACACCAUUUUCUUAAGUUACCCAAAUCACAAAAUCUCCAAGAUAAAAAUAAAAAUUGAGUCUUUACAUUGAAUUUCAAGAAUUCCCAAAGCACCAUUCUUGGAUUAUUAAAGAUGCCACCUUUUGCUGGAUCUCAUCCUCUUUGCUCUGGUUUUUCAAGAAACUCCAUUGAUUCAUCUUCAAAUAUUGUCACCAUUGAUGUAGGUGGUCAGCUUUUUCAAACCACCAAACAGACCCUAAAGCAAUCAGGUUCAAAAUCAAUUCUUUCUGAAAUUUCAAAUCUUGAUGGUUCCAUUCCAUUCAUCGACAGAGAUCCAGAAAUGUUUUCAAUCUUGCUUUCCCUUUUAAGAACUGGUAAUCUCCCUUCAAAAGCCAAAACUUUUGAUUUUCAAGAUUUGGUUUUUGAAUCUCAGUACUAUGGUGUUGAGCAACUUUUGUUGAAUUCCCAAUCUAACCCUUCUCAGUUUGAGCCUUUUGAUCUUGAAAAAUCUUUGAUUUUGCCUUUGAGUGGUAGAGAUUCACCUACUGCUAUCUCAACAACUCAACUAGGGUCAGUUCAGGUAGCUCAUGGUUGUAAAAUCACUUCAUUUGAUUGGUCGUUAAAGAGAAAAUCAACCAUUUUAACACAAUUUGCUGGAAUUGAUUCUAUGUUGUCUUUAUCACCAAAUGUUGUUGCUGCUGGUGCUACUGACUUUUCAGGAUUACAAAUUAUUGAUGUUAGUAAAGGGUAUGUUAAGGAAACUUUGAAUUGGGAAAAUGUGACUAAGUCUGGUUCAACAGUACAAGCAAUUGGUGCUUCAAAAGACUUCUUGUUUACGAGUUUCGAAUCAUCUAGGAGAAACUCAAACUGCAUUAUGAUAUACGAUUUGAGUAACGAUGGUUUUAGACCUGUUUCCGAGAUUGGUCAUUAUGAAAUCUUUGGUGCUGAAUUGGAUUCAGCAAUUCCAGCAACUAAACUUAGUUGGAUUUCUAGUCAUAACUUGUUGAUGGCUGCUGGUUCACAUAGUGGACCUUCUGGUGUUAGAGGGAACAUUAGAUUUUGGGACUUAAGGUCAGGCAACGCGGUGUGGGAGAUCAAGGAAAAUGUUGAUUGUUUCGCUGAUUGCACAGUUUCGGAUGAUCUUUCAGCUAUUCUGAAAGUUGGUGUGCAUUCAGGCGAAGUUUUCAUUUCGGAUUUGAGGAAUAUUGGUAAGGAAAAUCCUUGGACUUGUCUUAGUGAUCAAAGAAAAGUAACAAAUGGUAAGAAAGAAGGUUUAGGGAGUAAAAUUGAGAGUCAUGGGAAUCAAGUUUUUUGUAGUAAAGGUGGAAAUUUGGAGUUGUGGUCUGAGGUUUUGAUUGGUUCUUCUAUUAAAGAGAGAGUCUUUAGGAAGAACUCAAUGGGGAGAGCAAAAGAUAGUUGUGGAAAUAAGAUAACUCAUUUCAGCUUUGGAGGUAACAAAAUGUUUGUUACAAGGAAAGAUCAGCAAUUUGUUGAAGUUUGGCAGAGUUCAGUAAGGGGAUUCUAAGUUCUGUGUCAGAUUCUUCAAAAAUGCUCACUGCUUCUGGAGGAUCCAACACGUACAAAUUGCUCCUGGUUGUUCAGUCAUUUGAUAACCAGUGUCAUUCUGUGAUAAAUGAUCACUAUGAGUCGGACUCUUAUGAAGACUACGAGCAGAUUAGCUGGAAGUUUUUGCGAGUGACCAUCUUACUCUGAUUCUUGUUCAUUAUUAUUAAUUUAUCUGUAAAUACUUUCUUUAGUUCAUUGCACAAAUUGUAUGUAUAUUUAAGAGAGUGGAAUAUCAAACUUUAAUUUGCUACUA